AUGUACUGGAGAAACCCAAGUACUGUCCGAAAUAGGAGUAGGGGAGAGACCCUUGAUAUCGUCCAGCGAGUAUCCAAGAGCUCUCCUGUACUUUCGCAGCUCAACAAGGAGGGUUUCAAGCUCAUGGGGGUUAAUGCAUCAUUGACAAUGACAGGGUAUGUGGAGUUAGAGCCUAAGAACGCAUACCUGAGCCCCUUUGGGAGUGGCUUGAGAUCGACUUUGGGAGCCUUAAGCUCAGACCAGUCAUCGUCCGUGCCUUGCUCUUGA